AUGUCCUUCCGCUCACCACACCAAUCCCAGUCUCACUCCCAGCCCCAGUUCCACUUCAAUCCCUCGACGCCUCCCCCGCCGCCCCCAAAACCCUCCGCCCACUCCAGCGGCCGCGGGACGCCCUCAACAGGCCCUUCACUACCUCCUCUGCCAUCUGGGCAGCCCCUGCAGCAGCCUUACAAUCCACUACAGCAGCAGCCGUAUGGAUAUUCGCUCGGCCAGCAUCAGGGACAGCAUGGAUCUCCAGUCGGCAUACAGCCGCCAGAAGAUGGGUGGCUACCGGCGAUGCUGAAGGAUAAGACGACCGUCGACUUGCAGCACGUCCUCCAAACACCGAGCCUACAACGCGCCCUCGUCUGCUCCCCUGAAACUGUUCAUCCGUCUAUCCCAGCGUCGACUGCGCCUUUGCAGAACCUUUUCGCUGCAAACAUCGCUCUGGCUGAGUCCCUAAGAAAUCUAGAAUCGCACCUGCAGCACCAGCGCCAAAGCACACAGUCGCGGCUCCUGGCACUUCGAGCUCUUGAGGGACAGUGGCGCGCCAAACAAGCCGAGCAAGACGCCGCCUUACGUGACUUUAGUCCACCAGCAUUGUACCAGCGCCUCAGCGCCGCCGUAGGAGAGCAGGAGUCCCUAUGCCGCGGGCUAGAGGAAAGCUUCCUGGAUGGAGAGGUGGCACGCAGUGAUGGACAAGCCACUGAGAGAGAAAUUGCCGAUUUCUUGCGCAGGUACCGCGAGGCAAAGAAGAUAGCCUACCUGAGAAGGGAAAAGAAAGAGAGGUGGGAUGAAGGUCGAGUCGGAGGCUGGCGAUGA